AUGUUGAAUUACUUAAAACGUCGAUUCUCUUCCACCGAACUCAUUAACGAAUUUAAAUCCGGAGUCGGCUAUGGCACGCAGCAGAGCCACCAGCAGACAGCGUCGAACCAGAAACCAACACAGGACUAUAAGUAUCUGCCGGAGGAAGUUCGCAGACAAACCGUGGAGGAGAUGUACAAGCAAGUCGCUGCGGAUAGUGAACAGACAAGGGGAGCGCGAAUGGCUUUUCCCAGUGCGCCAAGCUCUCCAACUAAGCAGUCUUCAAUGGGCAUUGGUGGCGGCAGUGUAGGCAGCGGUUUCAUGAACACUGUCACCGGACAACUUACCAAGGCUAAGCAUCUCUUCUCCACGGAGACGCUAAAUUCUAUCAUUGCUGAUGUGAAAGUACCUGGUGUUGCGAGUGGACCGAAAUCCAAGAUUCUGCUGGUCAUUGAUCACCCUCUCACUGAUUGGGCCAAAUAUCUACACAAACGAAAAAUUGAUGGCGAUUGGGAAGUUCGGGUUGAACAAGCUCAAAUGAAUGACAUUAGCAUCACAGCUUACCCUGAUCAGGGUUGUGUUGUAACUGUUCAGGACGGAAGAGGAGCCCGUUCAGCGGCACGAAUGUUCAAACCGGAUUUUGUGCUUAUUCGACAAGGACUUGGCGCAGCAACGCAGCACUAUGAGAACCUGAUCACCGGAUUCAUGUUUGGUGCAGUGCCUUGCAUGAACUCUAUUGAGGCCGUCUACAACAUGCGCAAUAAAGCUUGGCUCUUCUCCAACCUACUGAAAAUUCAAAAAAGACUGGGUGCCUACGACUUUCCACUAAUUGCACGGAGCUAUCAAGCCAAAAGCCAACCGCUGGUGCCUGAUUUCCAGAUGCCGGUAAACGUUCGACUUGGCGGCGACUCUGCACGUGAAUGCGAGGUGCGGGUUGAAGACACUGCAUUAUUCCAGAGCCUAAUGAGUUUGGCCAACAAUACUCAGCGCUACGCCACCGUAGAACCCUGCGUUCAAAGCAUCUGCGAGAUACUCAUUCAAAAGAUUGGGCCCUUUACCAAGGCCUUUAUGCAAGUUAUCAGCGCUUUAUUUCUAGUGAGAAAACCGAUUUCUAACCCCUCUCUUGGAUCGCCGGGAUCGACUGUUCUGGAAAAGAUUCCAGUCUCCCCAAGAUUUAACCAGUGGAUAACGGAGGUCUCGCAGAUGUUUGGCGGUCUCGAUAUGUGCGCUAUCAAGGUUCUUCAGAACAGCACAGGAGACUAUUUCAUCCAGGAUGUCUAUGGAUCUGAUUUUAUCCUUCUGGGUGAUGGUCAAGAGGAAGAUCGUGCUAGAAUCGCUGAACUACUUCUUCAACGCAUGGAGUUUGCAAAUAAGGCGGCACCAGGAGCUAUUUCUCAACCAUAUAUGUCCCAGCCGCCCACAAAACCAACUCAGGCACCAGCUGAAAGUCCGCCAGUACAAAUGGGAUCGGGAUCACAAUCAGUUUUUAGUACAACUACUCCGGUAAAAGAAAAAUCAAUGCAACCGACAUUCGGACAGAAUCGGCAGCAGCAAAUACAACCGUCUUCGUUUUCAUUGCAAGAGCAACAACAACUACCGAAAUCUCAGCCUCCUCCCAGUGGGCCUUCACCUUCACAGAGCUUUAGAGAGUCCCAGAGUGGACGUUCAAACGUAUCAGGAGGGACCAUGGACUUUAGUCAGGUUCGAGCACCGCUCCAGCCACAGCAGAAAACGCAAUCUCCGUUUGAACCACAAUUGACACGAAACGAGUUUACAAAUCAAGAAUCGUUCGACAAAUCCAAAACUGCUUCUACACGAACCACUUCCAUGGACUUCUCCAGUUAUCCACAACCAAAACGAACUAACUACUCAAGAGAGAGUGAUGAGAGCUUGGGGAUGUCUACUUCUACUCCUGCCGCUGCAUCAAUACCCACAUUUGAACCGAGAACAUCUGAUUCCUGGACUAGUGGUAGUGGUGGACGUGCAAUUAGAGAGCCAUCUGCUGAAGGUCCGGAGUAUAUUCGAGGACGUCCGCAGAAAGAGGCGGCUCCUCAACCACCGAGACAAUCCUCUUUUGUCAAUAGUUUCGAAACGCGCGCUUUUGAUUCUUGCGGAAGUGGCACAACAUCAAGCAUCUCUGCGUCCAACACCAACACCCUUGAUCCUUCGAUGAACAUCUUCCAGCCCCAGAUGCAGGGCAAAUCCUCGAUGAGUACCUUCCAAAGUCAAUCACAGGAGAGGGAUACUUCCGGAUCUGUGAAAUUCGAUACAUCAUCGAUGGAUUUCGGGCAAUCACAGUUGGGAUCUCGGCACAACGAUCCCUGGAGUGUACCAUCACCACCGGCAUCAGUGAAUCAGACCUCGCAGAUCGCCUCCACGCUUACUACCUCUUCGUCCUCCUCCGCCACCACCACUUCGAUGGCUGCACGAUCCAGGCAGACCUCGCAGCAGUCCUCCGGGAAUCCUGAUGACGCAGAUGACACCAUGAAAAAUCUUAGAAAGACCUUUGCCGGUAUUUUUGGCGAUAUAUAA